UCGUUUGGUGUACUUGUAGUAUUUGUGCAUACGAAGUAUACCGACUGAUGCGCUGGUACGUCGGUUUCAGUUUUCAUCCUAAUGACUUCAAUGUUAAUUUAUAAAUCAGGCCCCAAUAAUUAUUAUGAAUGCAUCCAGAAAAAUCCUCACGGCAUGCCUGCGGUUACUCAUUACUGUGUUUCUGGAUAUCGUCGUGGGUUCGAGUAAUGAUCGGGAACCCCGGCAAAUGAUGGGAGGCAUGGGAAUGCCGAUGAUGGGAAUGGGAAUGAACGCCAUGCCAAUGCAACCACCGGCUAUGAGCCCGCAGAACCCGGCACCACAACCGGCAGCCGCUUCUGGUGGUUCCAGCACCGACAAUUUCGUGCCGCUGACCAUGGUCAGCUCCUUGACAGCGGAUAACACAUUCCUCAAAUUACUCAAAUCGCCGGCGUCAUCAUCGAGUGAGCUAACGGCGGCGGAACUGCGCGAUGCCACGCAGCUGGUUUUUAACCUCACUGACCACCUGACAGCCAUCUGUCACCUUCAGUUCCAUCCUCCUUUUAAGAUUUCAUCGGGUAAUGUCGGCAUCCGGCCGCAAGUGCAGAACGACUUUCCCAUCCCCAACGGCUUCAUCCAUAUUGAGCCGCCCGACCGGCGACCGGAACGCACUAUUCUGGAAAUUAUUCGCGGUACCCGGCAACUGUCGCUGCUGUACCAAGCCGUCCAGAUCGUGCCCGGCUUGACGGAUUAUUUAGCAUGUAAUUCUCCCAUCACCUUCUUCGCGCCGAAUGAUGAAGCGGUGGAGACAUUCGGGAUUUCGCGGUUUAAACUGCUGUUACACUGGCCGAAUGCCAUGCAAGAAAUCCUAACGAACAUGAUCGUUGUCAACGGGUCGUACUGGUCGACCGACUGGACCAGCGAUGAAGGCCUAAAAACCCUCAACACCUACGGUUCACUGAUUAUCAAGAUUGCCGACGAUGGUAUCCUGCGCGUCAUUAACUCCAAAAUCUCCCCGGUCCUCCCGUCGGAACGCAACCGGCCCCCGGGUCUCCUCCCGGGGCGGGCGCGUGAAGACCAGGCGUUGGUAUUAGAGACGGAUCUUAAGGCAUCCAACGGCGUGGUGCAUAUUGUCGAUAAUGUAUUGAAUCCGCCGGUGCCGUCGUUGAAUGACACCGUCGCACAGAUCUUCCCGCUGCAUCCGUAUAUGCCGCUACCCAAGAUCCGGGUUAGUGCGGAGUGUAAGCAGAUCCUGGCGGAUUUGUUUGAUGCCGAGUAAUGCCGUAGCUGAUCGGGGGAACGCUCUCGUCAAACAUCGGAAUGGCGUUGUUAUGCUGAUUGGUGCUUUUGAAGAAUAUGAUCUGCUGGUGUCCGUAAUACGAGCAAGCACGCCGUUUAAGUCAUCUGUUUUUUAUGGGUUGACGCAAACCAAAAUAAAGUU